AUGAGCUCGGGCGGCGGCGCCAGCACGCUUGGUGGCUGCGGCGGUGGGCCGAGCGGGAGCGGCGGCAGCGGAGGAGGAGGGCUCGGCGGCGGCGGUGGCGGGCCGUGCGGUGCGUGCAAGUUCCUCCGGCGCAAGUGCGUCAGCGGCUGCAUCUUCGCGCCCUACUUCGACUCGGAGCAAGGCGCGGCGCACUUCGCGGCCGUGCACAAGGUGUUCGGCGCCAGCAACGUCUCCAAGCUGCUCCUCCAGAUCCCCAGCCACAAGCGCCUCGACGCCGUCGUCACCAUCUGCUACGAGGCGCAGGCGCGCCUCCGCGACCCAGUCUACGGCUGCGUCGCGCACAUCUUCGCCCUCCAGCAGCAGGUGGUGAAUCUCCAGGCCGAGCUGACCUACCUGCAGGCUCACCUGGCCACCCUGGAGCUGCCGUCGCCGGCGCUGCCGGUCGCGCCGCAAAUGCCGAUGGCGAUGCCGGCCCAGUUCUCCAUCGCGGACCUCCCGUCGACCACCGCCAUCCCGACCAGCAUCGAUCUCUCCGCGCUCUUCGACCCGCCGGCGCAGCCGCAGUGGGCGAUGCAGCAGCAUCACCAGCACCAGCUCCGUCAGCAGUCAUACGGCGCGCCGGCGCCCAGGGCUUCCUCCAGCAUGGCGGAGGGCUCGGCGGGCGGCGGGAGCGGCGACCUGCAGUCGCUGGCGCGGGAGCUUCUGGACCGCCACGGCCGGGGCGGCAUCAAGCCAGAGCUGCCACCGCCACCGCCGCCGCAUCCAAGAUGA